UUUACUGUUUUCUAUUCUACAGUCUAUGUGAUGAACAAUGGCUGUUUUCUACAUUUCAUAUUUUAUAUUGCUAUUCGUUUGUUGUUUCUCGGACGCUCUUGAAGAUGAGUCAGUGUUCUCAAAAUUGAAAUAUGACAAGGAAAUGUUAGAGACAAUGGUUAGAAUGGAAGCUAGAAUGAAGAAAUGGGACAAAGAAAGAAAAAUAUUCGAAGAGAAUGUCAUGUCUAUCUUGGAGCAUCGUAGAGAAGAAAUGCAAGAAUCGUUUUCUGCCCAAAACGAAAAGUUACAGAGGAUGUUUGAGGACUACAACGAGAUACGUAAUGAACUAGCAAACACGACUAGUGGUCUGGAGGAGUUAGUUGGAACACUAGGCGGCAAGCAAAAGGUUGCAUUCAACGCAUAUACAACAUCCGGCGGAAGUUACAAUGACAAUCAGAAGAUUAUAUUUCCUCAUGUUCUUCUAAACGCAGGCGACGGAUAUGACAAUAUCACCGGAGACUUCACAGCACCUACUGCUGGCUUAUACUAUUUCGGCGCACACAUCUGCCAUCAAAAUGCAAAAUACAUGGUUGUCUCAAUCGUCCAUGAAGGCAAGAAAAUUGCGCUUACAACUGAGUAUGAAGACCUUAAACAUAGUUGUAGCUCUGUAAGCGCCCCGGUUAUAAUGAAAACUGGCGAAAAAGUGUUAUUCAGUGUUCGUAUGCACUUAGCGAGAUGUACGCAGAUACCUUAUACAGAUGGCCUUCCUUCACUGGUGUGCUUGUGAAUAACUGAAAAUCAAAUCACAUUGGUAAAACUUUAACUUUUGUGCUUAAUUGACAAUUCUAACAUUUCAAGCUUUCCUAGAUAUAUAUACCAUUGGAAAAGUGAACAGUAUUUUACUUAGUUUAGUUUUUAUAUCUUGAUUAAACUUAAUGUUUUGACGCAUUUGUGUUCGAGUUUAGAUAUUCGUAUGAAUUCUAGAUGUUGAGAGAACCUUUUAAUUGCGAUGUGAGCAUUUAUUAGAAAACAAAAAAUACAAAAUGUUUCAAUACCGUAGACAUCUGAUAUAUAGAAUAACAUCUCAGUCAAGAUAUUGAAAUGUAUGUUCAGAAAGAAAGUUCGUAAAGAGAAUAUAUCUUGUUUUGUUGUAAAGGUCUAAUGUAUGACGUAGUGCAUAUUUCAGUUGGCGAAAACAGUUAUACUACUAACUGCUUAAACAUUUACAUUUUCAUUUUAUUUCAUCCAUAGAAUUGAUUGCAUGUCUUUUAUAAAGACUAACACGAUAUAGUUUCCGUAGAGCAAUUGGACGGCUAAACCUGUGACAGUUUGUGUGGUGUACGUCAUAGCUCUUUCAUUUAUUAAUUCAGCGUUGCUAUUAGCAAUUCAUGAAUAAACUUCUCGUAAACAAA